CCCGGGGGCGGUCCGCCCCGGCGAUGGCACAUAAAACCGCUGGCCACCUGCCGGGCCGCUCCUCCGUGCGCUGCGGUCCGGGGCCCGCCGUGCCGCUGCGGCCCGCGUCCGCGGAGUCGCUGCUUCAGUCACGUUCGUCCCCGCCUCGGUCCCUCCACAGGCGCGGAGCUCCGCGAGCACCGCGCGGGCGCCGGGGCGCGCAGACAUGGGCAGCCGCUCUAGAGCGCGCCGGGUGGCCGCGGCGCUGGGCUUCGCCGGGCUGCUGUGCGCCGUGCUGGGCGUUAUCAUGAUCGUGAUGGUGCCCUCGAUCAUCAAGCAGCAGGUCCUCAAGAAUGUGCGCAUUGACCCCAGCAGCCUGUCCUUCAACAUGUGGAAGGAGAUCCCCGUCCCCUUCUACCUCUCUGUCUACUUUUUUGAUGUCGUCAACCCCAAUGAGAUCCUCCAAGGCCAGAAGCCGCAGGUGCGGGAGCGCGGACCCUACGUGUACAGGGAGUUCAGACACAAGAGCAACAUCACCUUCAAUGACAAUGACACGGUGUCCUUCCUCGAGUACCGCAGCUUCCAGUUCCAGCCUGACAAGUCCCGCGGCCUAGAAAGUGACAGUAUCGUCAUGCCCAACAUCCUGGUCUUGAGUGCAGCAAUGAUGAUGGAGAAUGGGCCCAUGAGCCUGAAGCUGAUCAUGACCUUGGCGUUCAGCACCCUUGGGGAACGUGCCUUCAUGAACCGCACUGUCAGCGAGAUCAUGUGGGGCUAUGAGGAUCCCCUCAUCCACCUCGUCAAUAAGUACUUCCCAAACAUGUUCCCCUUCAAGGGCAAGUUCGGGUUAUUUGCUGAGCUCAACAACUCUGAUUCCGGGCUCUUCACCGUGUUCACGGGGGUCAAAAACUUCAGCAGGAUCCAUCUCGUGGACAAGUGGAACGGGGUCAGCAAGGUCAACUUCUGGCAUUCCGACCAGUGCAACAUGAUUAAUGGGACUUCCGGGCAGAUAUGGGCGCCAUUUAUGACUCCUGGAUCCUCGCUGGAAUUCUACAGCCCCGAGGCCUGCCGGUCCAUGAAGCUCAUCUACAAGGAGCAGGGGGUGUUCAAAGGCAUCCCCACCUUUCGCUUCGUGGCUCCCAACACCUUAUUUGCCAACGGGUCCGUCUACCCGCCCAAUGAGGGCUUCUGCCCCUGCCGGGAGUCCGGAAUUCAGAAUGUCAGCACCUGCAGGUUCAACGCACCCUUAUUUCUCUCCCAUCCUCACUUCUACAACGCUGACCCAGUCCUGGCAGAGGCAGUGUCUGGCCUCCACCCUAACCCAGAAGAGCAUUCCUUGUUCCUGGACGUCCACCCGGUCACCGGAAUCCCCAUGAACUGCUCUGUGAAACUGCAGCUGAGCCUCUACAUUAAGUCUGUGAAAGGCAUCGGACAAACUGGGAAGAUCGAGCCGGUGAUCCUGCCACUGAUGUGGUUUGGAGAGAGCGGGGCAAUGGAGGGUGAGACCCUUCAGACGUUCUACACCCAGCUGGUGUUGAUGCCCAAGGUGCUGCGUUAUGCCCAGUACGUGCUCCUUGCCCUGGGCUGCGUCCUGCUGCUCAUCCCCAUCGUCUACCAAAUCCGGAGCCAAGAGAAGUGCUAUUUAUUUUGGAGUAGUAGUAAAAAGGGCUCAAAGGAUAAGGAGGCCAUUCAGGCCUAUUCUGAAUCCCUGAUGACAUCAGCUCCCAAGGGGACUGUACUGCAAGAAGCAAGACUGUAGGUGGGUACCAGGUAACGCCUCUCGCCCCCCAUCCCCUCCCAUAGUGAGUAGAACUCUGGCGGCUUGAAACGCUUGGGAUCUCACACAUCUCUUCAGCCUGAACUUCACCUGGAGUGUCUACAGAUUGAAAAUACGUAUUUGUAUAUUUUGUUGUCUUCUUACGUUCCGAGUGAUCCCAGGCGUGGUAGGCGAUGGAGGGUGACUAGUGGGCUGGUGUCUUGUUUGCAAGGUUGUCUUAGAAAGGCAGGAUCGAGGUUUAGGUCUCAGCUGCUUCUCAAACCUCUGGUGCGAUAUAGACUCUUCUGGGAAAGUCUGCGAAAAAAUGCAGAACCACAGACAUCCUUCUAGACCUCUUGGAAUAGCAUCAUGGGUGGGGCCCAGGAAUCUGUAUUUUAGUGGCCCCCUAACAGGAUCCUGAUGUAGAUAAGUUUAAAUAAAUCCGGAUGACUGGCCAAGACAAAAGAAUUUAGGCAUCACCUGGGCACCAAGUGUAGAUCUAGGACUCGGUCUGAGGGUAUGGUUGCCAGACUGAGCAAAAACAAGCAGCCCCAGAAACAACAACAACAAAUGGACGCUCAGUUAAAUGUGAAUUUCAGGGAAACAGUGAAUGAUUUUUAGCCUAAGUGUGUCCCAUGGAAUUAUCAGGACACGCUUCUACUGAAAAACUGUUUGCUGUUUACCUGAAAUUCACAUUUAACUGGCUGCCCUCCUUCAUCGGGCAGCCUACCUGCGGGAGACGGAGGCUAGUGCCUUUGGGGGUUCACCUCCUGGGCUGUGUUCCUUUAGGUCUGAGGUCUUAGGAGAGCCAAGUCCCGCCAGGGGAUGUGACAGGCAGAGCUCUGGGCCCUACGGUUGGGGUUUGGGCGGGGGUGAGUCGCCCUAUGCUUAUGCCUCGGAUUAUAGCUUUUGGUUUCUGAAAAAUGUACCACCUCUCCAGCUUCUGGGGCUGGGCCUGCUCGGGUUUAAAUAGCUUUCCUGAGAGCCACAGGCUGGGGAUGAGGUGACAGCCCUACUCUUUGGGACCAGUUGGCGGCUUCCAGUUUGCUUGGAUUGCCAGGGCCGGAGGAGGAGAUAAAAUAGAACAUGGGCGCUGGGCGUGGGUGGGUGUGUUGGCAGGUACUGCCAGCCCUGCAAGGAGCGGGAGGGAGGGACCGCUGUGCCCCCAGCCAGGCUCUGGGGGGCUCCUACUGCCGAUCUGGGGAUAAGAGAGCCCGACCACGUCAGGGCUGGGUGUUAAGGGGGUUGUCUUCCUGAGCUUAGGGGGCAGGGUGUCCUAGCUGGAGACGAGCCCCCCGUUGCCUUCCUCUCUCCCAGAAUUCCUCUUGGGACGCCCUUCUUGUGUACAAUUUGGCCCCAUUGGCACCCCUGCCCCCUUGCAGCCACGAUUCCCUUCUGCAGAAACUUGCCUGGCGUUCUCGCGGUGCAGGGGUGGGGUCUUCAGGCACAGAGAUGGGGGUUAUUUGCUUUUAGCAUAGAUAGAGCUGGUGUUCGUGAGGUCUCAGCCCCAUGGCUGCACCUCCCUGGACACAGCCAGGAUGUCCUGCUCCCUGCCCCCCCCCAAAAUAAAAAUAAAACAAAACCAAAGCUGGAGUCUCUUCGUGAUUUACCAGCAGAAUCCAAAUGUCAAGUUAUUAGGGAAGUUUUUGAUUAAAGAGAUGCUACUGCUCUGUCUUCUGGAAGACAGGUCAGCCUUCGGCCCGGAUGAGACCCCUACCCCCCGGUCACGUGUACUUGGGGAAGGCAGUGUCCUGUCGGGUCUGCUUUAGGGGACCAGACACCUGGGAAGCGGCCAG